AUGGCUGCCGCAGCACCCAUCAAUUCGAAUCGCAUUCGACCAGGUCAGUAUUCUCGACAUAAUUCUACAGUCGAGAUUGGCAAGGAGAACGAGCCGCUCUCUCCUCGAGGCCUCCAACAGCAUGACGAUGCAAAUCUGAAGGCCAAAGCACAGCCUGUCACUAUGGAUCCCAAAUAUCGUCUUCGAGGCACUUCUCCCGAAGAUACAGACAGAGCAACUCGCUCCAAGCUCGGCUCCUCCUUCAGUCCCAAAAAGGGUCUACGAAGUCGCAGUCGAAGCCGCAGCAGAUUGUUCGGCAAAGACAAGACCGACUUACUCAACAAUCCAUCUGCCUCUGUCCCUCCUCAGCCGUAUGCGGCGACGCGCACGCCCGAGCAGAUCGAUGCCGACUUUCUCGACCUUCUCGACGAGCUUCAGGUGCAGCCAGAGAUGCGCCGAAGGCUUCUCAGCCUCAGCUCUACUGUGAAAGCUUCCAUGCUCCAGGGUCAAGCGUCUCUCAGUCUGGCAACCUUCGGAAUGAAUGAUAGUUCAUGCUCCCUGUCUUGUUCACCCACAAAGUCGACUCGUAUGCCGAUUCCUGAUCUUCUCAAAGGACGUUCUUCUAGUCGGCCAGCUUCGACGGUCUACCCAUCUUCCCCUCUGCUUGACCAGCCGCCCACUUUGAGCCACUCCGGUGACUCUGCCGAGCUGAUGGCGCCCCCCAACACAGCGCAGCUGUUUGGAGCCGGGCCCCCUCGACAAGUCUCUUCUGGCUCGGUGGAUUCUGGCUCCUCAGAAUCUGGCAACGCGAGACAGAUUUCCAAUCCAUCACGCAGUGUCAUUCGCGACGCUUUAAAAAAAUCAAGCCCCAACCUCGGUCAAGGUGGUUCUUUCAUCUCGCUCGCUGCUUCCGCCGUCGGCGGUACUAGCAGUGCAGCUUCGGGCGCUCGUCCGCGUUCCAUGUCGUUUGGUAAAGAGUUUGCCGCUUCGUUUGGCAAAGAAACGCCAGAGAGCUUUGCUACCAUGCUCAAGUGUACCGAUGCCAGUAGGAUUGACAUUGCUCGAGUCAAGCGGAUGCGUGCCGUGCUGGCUGCCGAGUCACCCGCUUGGAUUUCGACUUUUAUCGGUCUCGAGUGCGGCGGAUACGAUGCGAUGCUGGCACGCCUUGAUGAAUUGCUGGCCAUGGAGUGGCGAGAGGAGCAGCACGAUGACAUGCUCCUCCACGAACUCUUGCGUUGCUUUGUCGCUUUGAGCACCACCGAAGUGGGUCGAGAUGCGCUCGCCUCGCAAGCUCCACGACCGUUUCGUCAGCUCGUCGACCUGCUCUUCUCCGAGAAGAAACCCGGCGAUCUCGGCACGCGCAAACUCAUGGUCGAGAUGCUGGCCAUCUUGCUCGACCUUCAACUGCCCGCUUCGCAAUCACACUCGCAGUCAUCGCUCAACUACCUCGUCGAGCUCCUCCAGAAUCCCUCGGAUCCAGCCAAGGAGUCUGUGGUCGACUUCAUCAAGCAGACCCACGCGCCACGUCCAUUCAAGACGUACGUGGUCGAGGUGUCCUGUGUCUGCCGCGAUUACUUUUGGAUCUUCUGCCACUCUCAGAACUUCUACUGGAGGUUUGAGGAGUUGCACGACAAGAUCGAUACAAUCAAAGGACCUAAAGUUCCAGGCGGAAUGACGGGCGGUGUCGAGUUUGAAGCUAUGGCCUAUUUGACAGCGCACUUACGCUUGAUCAAUGCGAUCGCCAGCGUUCUGGUGCAGAUCAAGUUGCAUCAGCUGCCGAAGCCUGCGAUGAGCGCGCUCGAGUUUCACAGCAGCUUGUUCGCCUCGGGAAUUGAGAGGGUGUUGGCGACGCUCAGGAGAUCGUCUCAACACUACUACCCCACGACGCAUUUAGAACUGGCCAGGUAUUUGAGCCUGGCACAGCAAGCGCGCUUUGAUUUGCCGUAUCAUCUGACGGAUUGGUUGCAAAGUCCAAAGUUGAAAGCUGCACCUUUGCUGCCGCUGUUGGAGCUGCCGCAUUUGAGCGCGCCUUCUCACUUGCCGCCGGCGGUCCCUACAGCAGGCGCUGCGGCCGGAUAUGGGUUGGCCGGAGCGUUGGUUACCCCUAUCACGCCGAUUCGUGCUUCGUCGACGAAUGCGGAGGUUGCGAGUGCUGUGCGCGCACCAACAACGGCGGAGGCGACGUCUACGGUCGCCCGAUCCAAAGCAAUUCGCUCUGCUUCUCAUUCGCCAACCAAACACCAACCAACGUCCACUUCGCCUCACAAAGCCGACCACGUUGAUACCAAGGAUGACUACUGGGACUUCUCCACCGCCCCAACUCCCGAUCCAGUUGCGAACGAACGGCAAGUGCAAAUGGUCGGCUUCGACCGUCGUCUCGAUUCACAAUUCAGCUUGUUCGAACACCAGGUGGGAAUGCCGAGCUCAUCAACGUCCCGACGCAUCCUGGGGCUCAACGAGGCCGUCAGCCAGAACCUCGCCAUCCACGGACAGCAAGCAACCGCAGAAGAGGCCGAGCAAUCAGCUCCACCAGUUGCACCACCGCGGAUCGGCAUGCACUCGGUCGUCGGCUCAGCAGUCAAAAAAUGGGAGAGCAUGAGCAUUUCCACUUCGCCCACCAAAUCCGCUGCUCACAGAUUCUGA